AUGGCCCAAGGGAACCCGAUGAACAUCUACUCUAACAACGCUGGACCAUCAAUGUUCAUAGCUAACCCAUCAUCAUCAUCUACAACUACAAUAUCAUCAACAUUUAUAUUUAAUAACCCAUCUUAUACACAAACCACUUCCCUCACUACCAUUUCAUCACCCUUAACUAACAUCAAUGCUUUCACACGUGUUAGCGAUGUUAUUUCCAACAUGCAAAGUAGGUACAAAUUUCGCCUGAACAAAAAAGACGCUAGGUACCUAAAGAGAAACAACAUCUUUAUCAAGCGCUCUCUGUCGCCAAGUGAUAGCGAAGAUGAGAACACUUUUAACCAUAAACGGUCUAAAGAAAACAUCAUUGACGAACCUGACACUCCCGUCUCUGGAUCUAAAAGGAAAAGUGUUUAUCAUCUCCCUUCGUCCCUCCGAUAG